AUGAGCGGACUCGUCACCACCUGUCUGUCAUGCCUGUCGGCAGUCGACCGAUGGUGUCAUAUCACAGCUUGUCUUGGUGGAGGUCGCUCGCGGGACGGUAUCUAUGAGACGACCCUGGCCGACAACGAACGAGAAGCUGUAUCGGACCUGUUGGGCUACCUUGAAAACCGUGCCGAGACGGAUUUCUUCGCAGGGGAGCCCCUGCGAGCCUUGAGCACUCUUGUUUACUCUGACAAUGUCGACCUGCAACGCAGCGCGAGCUUAACAUUUGCCGAAAUUACUGAACGAGAUGUUUGCGAGGUGGAUAGAGACACCCUGGAGCCGAUUCUCUUCUUACUGCAGAGUUCGGACAUUGAAGUGCAACGAGCUGCCAGUGCGGCACUGGGCAAUCUUGCAGUCAACGCCGAAAAUAAAGUCUUGAUCGUUACCCUCGGAGGGCUGGCGCCGUUGAUUCGGCAGAUGAUGUCGCCCAAUGUCGAGGUACAAUGCAACGCCGUCGGUUGCAUCACCAAUUUGGCAACCCAUGAGGAUAACAAGGCAAAGAUCGCUCGAUCAGGCGCCCUUGGUCCUUUGAUCCGUCUUGCCAAGUCCAAAGACAUGCGCGUCCAGCGCAAUGCGACCGGUGCUUUACUCAACAUGACCCAUUCCGAUGACAAUCGCCAACAGCUCGUCAAUGCUGGUGCCAUUCCCGUCUUGGUCCAUCUUCUCUCGUCAUCGGAUGUGGACGUCCAGUACUACUGCACCACAGCGCUCAGUAACAUUGCGGUCGACUCAACGAAUCGUAAGCGCCUGGCGCAGACUGAAUCCCGUCUCGUUCAGUCGUUGGUGUAUCUCAUGGAUUCCUCGACUCCCAAAGUUCAGUGCCAAGCCGCACUUGCUCUUCGCAACCUUGCCUCCGACGAGAAAUAUCAGCUUGAAAUCGUACGAGCCAAGGGUCUCUCCCCGCUCCUCCGACUUCUUCAGUCCGAAUAUCUCCCCCUUAUACUUUCCGCCGUGGCUUGCAUUCGCAAUAUAUCAAUCCACCCUCUUAAUGAGUCACCGAUCAUCGAGGCUGGCUUUUUGAAGCCCUUAGUAGACCUGCUGGGCUCAACAGAUAACGAAGAGAUACAAUGUCACGCCAUCUCAACACUUCGAAAUCUUGCUGCCAGCUCGGAUCGCAACAAAGAACUGGUUCUUCAGGCAGGAGCAGUCCAGAAGUGCAAAGAUUUGGUCCUUCGUGUGCCUCUUAGUGUGCAAUCCGAAAUGACCGCUGCAAUUGCAGUACUGGCUCUCAGCGACGAGCUCAAACCUCACCUUCUGACACUGGGUGUGUUUGAUGUUCUGAUUCCGUUGACGAGCUCGGAGAGCAUUGAAGUGCAAGGAAACAGUGCCGCUGCCCUCGGUAAUCUGUCCUCUAAAGUGGGCGACUACUCAAUUUUCGUUCGUGACUGGGCGGAUCCCAAUGGUGGGAUUCACGGCUACCUCCAGCGAUUCCUCGCCAGCGGAGAUCCAACUUUCCAACAUAUUGCUAUCUGGACUCUCUUACAGCUCCUCGAGUCGGAGGACCAGAAGCUUAUUGGAUACAUCUCCAAAUCGGACGAUGUCGUGCAGAUGGUCAAGUCCAUCUCCGAUAAAAACAUCGAGUCAGACGAAGAGGACGCGGAUGAUGGCGAAGGCGAGGUUAUCGCUCUCGCCCGUCGCUGCCUCGAGCUAUUGGGCACCGGGCCUAAGCAGACUCUUGUCGAGGCUUAA